GGGGGCGGGCUCAGGGGCGGGCUCAGGGGCGGGGCGGGCGCCCGAAGGUCCUCCGGAGGCCCGGCAUUCUGCACGCUUCAAAAGCGCACGUCUGCCGCGCUGUUCUCCUCUUCCUCAUCUCCGGGCCUUUCGACCUCACGGUGUUGCCAAAAUGUCGCUUUCCAACAAGCUGACUUUGGACAAGCUGGACGUGAAGGGGAAGCGGGUCGUGAUGAGGGUGGACUUCAACGUUCCUAUGAAGAACAACCAGAUAACAAACAACCAAAGGAUCAAGGCUGCUGUUCCAAGCAUCAAAUUCUGCUUGGACAAUGGAGCCAAGUCCGUUGUCCUUAUGAGCCACCUGGGCCGGCCUGAUGGUGUUCCCAUGCCUGACAAGUACUCCUUAGAGCCAGUUGCUGCUGAACUCAAAUCUCUGCUGGGCAAGGAUGUUCUGUUCUUGAAGGAUUGUGUGGGCCCAGAAGUCGAGAAUGCCUGUGCCAACCCAGCGGCUGGGACUGUCAUCCUGCUGGAAAACCUCCGCUUUCAUGUAGAGGAAGAAGGGAAGGGAAAAGAUGCUUCUGGAAACAAGGUUAAAGCUGAGCCGGCCAAAAUUGAUGCUUUCCGAGCCUCACUGUCCAAACUAGGAGAUGUCUAUGUCAAUGAUGCUUUUGGGACUGCACACCGAGCCCAUAGCUCCAUGGUGGGUGUGAAUCUGCCACAGAAGGCUGGUGGAUUUUUGAUGAAGAAGGAGCUGAACUACUUUGCCAAGGCUUUGGAGAGUCCAGAGCGACCCUUCCUGGCUAUCUUGGGAGGCGCUAAAGUUGCAGACAAGAUCCAGCUGAUCAAUAAUAUGCUAGACAAAGUCAAUGAGAUGAUCAUUGGUGGUGGAAUGGCCUUUACCUUCCUUAAGGUGCUCAACAACAUGGAGAUUGGCACAUCUCUGUAUGAUGAAGAAGGAGCCAAGAUUGUCAAAGAUCUCAUGUCCAAAGCUGAGAAAAAUGGUGUGAAGAUUACCUUGCCUGUUGACUUUGUCACUGCUGACAAAUUUGAUGAGAAUGCCAAGACUGGCCAAGCUACUGUGGCCUCUGGUAUACCUGCUGGCUGGAUGGGCUUGGACUGUGGUACUGAGAGCAGCAAGAAAUAUGCCGAGGCUGUGGGUCGAGCUAAGCAGAUUGUUUGGAAUGGUCCUGUUGGGGUAUUUGAAUGGGAAGCCUUUGCCAGGGGAACCAAGUCACUCAUGGAUGAGGUGGUGAAAGCCACUUCUAGGGGUUGCAUCACUAUCAUAGGUGGUGGAGACACUGCCACUUGCUGUGCCAAAUGGAACACAGAGGAUAAAGUCAGCCAUGUGAGCACUGGGGGCGGUGCCAGUCUAGAGCUCCUGGAAGGUAAAGUCCUUCCUGGGGUGGAUGCUCUCAGCAAUGUUUAGUAUUUUCUUUCCUGCCUUUGGUUCCUGUGCUCCUAAGUCAACCUAGUGUUUUCCACAUCUCCAUUUGGUGUUAGCGCAAGAUUCAGCUAGUGGCUGAGAUGUGGCACCAGGAACCCUUAAACAGUUGCACAGCAUCUCAGCUCGUCUUUACUGCAUCAGGAUUUGUCUGUGUUCUUCAAGAUCCCAUUUAAAUUCCUUAGUGACUAAAACCAUUGUGCAUUGUAGAGGGCGUCUAUUUAUAUUCUGCCUGAGAAAGGAAGUGAGCUGUAAAGGCUGAGCUCUCUCUCUGACGUAUGUAGCCUCUGGUUAGCUUCGUCACUCACUGUUCUUGACUCAGCAUGGCAAUCUGAUGAAAUCCCAGCUGUAAGUCUGCAGAAAUUGAUGAUCUAUUAAACAAUAAAGAUGUCCACUAAAAUGGAA